GUCACAAACAGCGAAAAGUCAGAAGGAAAUAUGUCGGCGUGCUAGAGAAACCACAAAUAGUUAUCGUGAAAAUAUUAGGUUUCUCGCCAUUCCAAAUUACGCAACAAUUUUGUAAAAUAGACUUAUUGAAAUUGUUAUUAUGGCUUCAAUUAUGUUGGGUAAACCGGAAUACAUAGUGGGUGGCAAGUAUAGACUAGUUCGUAAAAUCGGUAGUGGUUCAUUUGGUGAUAUAUAUCUCGGAAUUAACAUUACAAACGGAGAGGAAGUAGCAGUAAAACUUGAAUCGGUUAAAGCAAGACAUCCUCAGCUUCUCUAUGAAAGCAAAUUAUACAGAAUUCUUCAUGGAGGAGUAGGCAUACCACAUAUCAGAUAUUAUGGCCAAGAAAGAGAACACAACGUCCUCGUGAUGGACCUGCUGGGCCCGUCGCUCGAGGACCUCUUCAACUUCUGCUCGCGCCGCUUCACCAUCAAGACGGUGCUGAUGCUGGCCGACCAGAUGAUCGGCCGGAUCGAGUACGUGCACGGCAAGUCGUUCAUCCACAGGGACAUCAAGCCGGACAACUUCCUUAUGGGCAUCGGCCGCCACUGCAACAAGCUGUUCCUUAUCGAUUUCGGACUGGCCAAGAAGUACCGGGACACGCGCACGCGUCAACACAUUAUAUACAGGGAGGACAAGAAUUUAACGGGAACAGCCAGAUACGCUUCGAUAAAUGCCCAUUUGGGCAUCGAACAGUCCCGACGCGAUGAUAUGGAAUCUCUCGGUUACGUGUUGAUGUACUUCAACAGAGGAUGUUUGCCGUGGCAGGGGCUCAAAGCCGCCACCAAAAAACAAAAGUACGAAAAAAUCAGCGAGAAGAAAAUGUCCACGCCGGUCGAGGUUCUGUGCAAAGGCUUCCCAGCCGAGUUCUCCAUGUACCUGAACUACUGCCGCGGGCUGCGGUUCGAGGAGGGUCCCGACUACAUGUACCUGCGCCAGCUGUUCCGCAUCCUGUUCCGCACGCUCAACCACCAGUACGACUACACGUUCGACUGGACGAUGCUGAAGCAGAAGGCGGGCGCGGCCGGAGCGGGCGGCGCCGCCCCCGCCGGCCAGGGCCAGCCGCAGGCGCAGUCGUCACAGCUCAACGUGGCCGCCGCCGCCGCGCAGCCGGGUAAGAGAGCAGCGGCGCCAGCGCCGGCGGUGCGCCGCCCCGAAGUUACGCGCUGGGUCAAUAAAAUCGAGCUGUGGGAGAAGAAGCCGCCCCGUAUAGUUAGAAAUACUGAUUGAGGUUAAUAUCGCGAACCGUUAGAGCAGCGACCAAUCAGGAGAGCCCCUCCCAUCACCACCACCAACCGACGCAUCGACUGGGCGUAACGCCAACCAUCCCAUUGGUCAGCGGAUCCUGCUUUUCUUGAAACUAACGUUCUGCUCGUUUUUUCAAAUUUGAUAUAAUUUUUUUCGUUUUCCCACUUUUUUUAUCUCUCUUACCGCGUCGUCGCGUGACAAUUUAAUUUGUUCUCUCUCACACGCAUUGCGACGCGCGUAGGUAUAGAUACGAUGUUCCUUUCGCGAACGAAUUUUUUUUUUUUUUCAAAAAAAGUUCGUCGAAAUUUUCGAAAAAAAAAUAACUCCCAAAGCGGAUCCCGCCAUGUUUAUAAUUUAUAUAAAAAAAUAAAACAUUUUAUUGAAAUUUAAUAUAACAAUAAAUAAUCUUUAAAAAAAUUAUACAAAUUUUUAUUAGUAGGUACGAAAUAAGUUCAUACAUGUUUACUUUCUUAGUCCAUACGAGUCGUAUGAUCGAAAGAAUUUAUAGUUAAGUCAGUUACGGAUCGAGGUUAAGGCUAUCUGUCAUUUUAAUGAUCUCUGAGACUCAUGUCAAAAGAAAAUGUCAUAGGAUUUCGUUACUAAUCUGUGGUUAUAAAAAUCGAUACCAUAUGAAAAUGUUUUGAUUGUAAAUUCGUUUGUUUAUGCGAUAUAUUGUUGUAUAGAUUUUUAUCACUGUAAGAAUUAGAACACACAUACAAAGUAAAGAAAUAUGGUGGAAUUUGUCAAUUUCACCUGAACCUGAAUUUUUAUUCAAAAAGUGUCACUAAUAAGAGAAAAAAAUAAAGUGCAAUAACACAUAUUGCACGCCAUUCAGACAACAAACAAUAUCUGUAUCCUUAAAAAAAAUAAAAAAUAAAUAAAAGUAAAAAUGAAUGAAAAGAGAGAAGUGAGCGUGUGAAUGCAAGUCUGGCUGUUUAAAUUUAACAAAAAUAACUUUAUGUAUAUUCGGCAUAAGGUUGAUUUUCUUAAUCGAUACACAUCUCAUUUAAUUAAUAUUAGUAAGUCUUAAUGAUAAUAACUACUGUGUGCGAAUGCCAAAGGUCCAAAGUUGAUUUUCCCUCGCGGAAAAUAGUUUUGAGUCUUUAUUUUUUAAUAUUAUUGGACGACGAAAUAAAUGAGCCAUCCCCAGCAUGUCAGCUGUCAUUUAAACUAUUCUAUUGUCACCCUAAAUAAGAAUGAAAUAACCACUUGUAAAUAUGGUGUGUUUGAAAUACUAGAACUAACAAAAAAAUAUUUGUGGGUGUUUUUUUGGGUGUGGAAGACGCUCUCGAAGUAUACUAGCUGUCCCAAAUUGUGUUUUUUAGCUAAUUUACUCUGGUUGUGAUCAAGUUAGUUAUGGAGAACGCGAUUUUUAAAUCUAUGUCAACAAUGUUCUUUAUUUCAACUUAAAAAUAGUAGACAAAGACCUGUCACUGUCAAAAUGUUAUUUCUAACCCUCUUAUAACGUAGUUUUUAGUCUGAAAAAGUUCUCGCAGUUUGGGACACACUGUAUGCAUUAAACUGUCUUAAUAACCUUGUAAAUAUAUUGUAGUACAUUUGAACUACUCGUAUUAUUGAGACAGAUAAACGUCAAAGUGCAUAUUAGUUCUUUUAAUUUACUUUCAGAAAGCACUUUGAAAUUUAAAAAAAUAAUAUUAUUCACAAGUACUGUGUAUAAAUCUGUGAAAGGUAUCGUAUUUGGCUACUCUGAGUAUAUAACUUCUUUAUAGAGACACUCAAUAAGUUGUGUUUUUUUAUAUUAUUGUUGAUUAUUCUCAGGAUAGUCAACUACUCUGAAUAUUUUGUUACUUUUUGGAAAAAAUAUUUUUUUGGUUUUUUUUGUACAAUUUGGUACUAUUAAAGUACUAGUGAAGGGAAUAAUGGUGAAUAUUAGAAGUUUUUAUGUAGUAUUUUUAAGCAAUUUUCGGUAAUAGAAAAGUAUUUUUAUGGAUUUGAAGUUUUUUAAAUUUGGAGGUUUGAACUACCUGCUAUGAUAAAAUAUUAAAUAAAAACUUUUAUUAAUCAAUCAUAACUGUUUGUGUAUUUAUUAUAUUUUGGUAUUCAGUUGGUUAAAUAAUAAAUGUGAGGAAAAUAGAGUACAAAAAGGUUUAUGUCAAAAAAAAUUAAAACAGUGCAAGAAAAACACGUUUUUCUCACUGAAUUUUCGUUAAAACUGUUGGUCAACAGUAAAAACACAAUUUAUCAAACUUGUCUUGCUACGGACGAAGCAAAAAUAUGUUAAUGUAUACUGGGCGUUUAAAAAUAAGUGUCCUUUUUUUGGUGUCCAGUCAAAACAUCGCCAAAUUCUGAAUCAGUCAUGAAACUUAGUUUUAAACGCCUCGAUUUUUUUUCGUGUCAACCAAAGAUUAGUCAUCUGUGUCUAUAUACAGAAAUAUCCAAAAUUUUCGUUAUUUUUGAAUGUUUUCGGGAUAUUUGUGUAUAAUACAGGGUAGCCUGCAAAAGAAUACACUACACUGGUAUCGAAGAUAUAAUGCCCUAACAUUUUUUAACAUCGUUAUUUUUCAAUAAUCUAUGAUGCACAAACUUGUGUUAUGUGUUCUUUUUUGGGAUAUCCUGUAUAAACGACCGAUUGGUCUGACGAGAGAAUAUAGCUGUGAUUGGUUUUUUCUGUGAUCCUGUAUAGGGAAAGCCGUUCAUAAGUUUAGCGAUUUUAGAAGAAAAUUGAAUUUACUGAAACUUAAAAAUUAGGUCUUGUUUUCUUUUAAAAUAGUUCUUUAAAAAACCGUAAAUGUAGCACGUUUACAAAAGUCGAUUUUUAUUUGAAUUUUGUCAAAUAAAAAAGUACUGUAUCUUUUUGGGUUUAAGUCGUUUAAAAAAUCUAACUGUCCUGAAAGAAAAAGAAAAAAAACAGAAACAAAGUUGUCUGUUUUGAUCUAGAAGCGACCAAUGACUCUAAACAAGCGAAAAGUAACUAUGUGUAAAUUAAUAUUAUUAAUAAUAAUAAUGUGUGUAAAAGUAUAAUAAUACGCCAAGUUGUAAACUAUUAUAGGUUUCUUAUAUAAUUGUUAUUAGUUUCCGUAUAAUGAUAAUUUUUUUCUCAUUUAUUCUUAGUAAUAUGUCAUAGUUUUUAUUUCCUUUUCGGCGUGCGAGGCCGUCAUUAUUUUUUAAGUUUCAUAAUUAUCGGUCGUUGCGACUGUGCAAUGAAAAUACUGUUACUUGAGGUAAUGCGAAAAUAAAUUCUGGAAAAAUC